AGCCGCUCUCCCUCCGCUCGUCUCUCCACUUCCUCGGUGAAGUUGUCGCCGCUGCUGCCGGGUGCGGUGCGGACCUCGGGGGGAUCGUGAGCCCGGCGCCCCCGCUGCUGCCCCCGCCAUGGCCGGACACGAGUGGGACUGGUUCCAGCGAGAGGAGCUGAUAGGACAGAUCAGUGACAUCAGGGUGCAGAACCUGCAAGUUGAACGAGAGAAUGUGCAGAAGAGAACGUUCACCCGAUGGAUGAACCUGCACCUAGAGAAGUGCAAUCCUCCGCUGGAAGUUAAAGAUUUGUUUCUCGAUAUCCAAGACGGAAGAAUCCUGAUGGCGCUGCUGGAGGUGCUGACGGGGCAAAGUCUGCUCCACGAGUACAAGUCAUCGGCGCAUCGGAUCUUCCGUCUGAACAACAUCGCCAAAGCACUGAAGUUCUUAGAAGACAGCAACGUGAAGCUGGUCAGCAUUGACGCUGCCGAAAUCGCGGAUGGAAACCCAUCGCUGGUUCUGGGCCUGAUCUGGAACAUAAUCCUCUUCCUGCAGAUUAAAGAACUCACAGGGAAUCUAAAUAGAAUGUCGUCCUCUUCCAGCCUGUCCUCACUGCCCAGCGGGAGCGAGUCUGACACGUCUCAUCCCAGCACGCCGAGCACCGAGAAGAGUAUGUCCGUUUCAAUUAGGGAUCAACGCAGAGCGAUCAAAGCUCUUCUCAACUGGGUUCAGCAAAGGACGCGAAAGUACGGGGUCGCGGUGCAGGACUUUGCCAGCAGCUGGAAAAGCGGACUUGCAUUCCUUGCUAUUAUUAAAGCCAUAGAUUCCAGCUUGGUGGACAUGAGGAAGGCACUGGAGAGAUCAACCAGGGAAAAUCUUGAAGACGCCUUUAGCAUCGCCAAGAAGAGCCUUAACAUUCCGCGGCUUCUGGAGCCAGAGGACGUCAUGGUGGCCUCUCCUGAUGAACACUCGAUAAUGACCUAUGUCGCACAGUUUCUUGAGCACUUUCCAGAACUUGCCCCGGAUGAUUUCACAAAUGAAGAAGCUCCCCUGGAAAUGACAUAUGUGCGGUAUAAAGAUGGGCCAACCGAGGAGGAAGGUAAAAUUAUUACUGUCAGUAGAGAUGAAGAUAAAGGCUACACAGUAGAACUUCAGACAAGGCCUCUCACACCACCGGAGACACACGACUAUGCUGAAGUAGAUAUCUCAUGGGAUGAUAAGCUGAGUUUGGAGAAAAGUGCGAAAAAUCCAUUCCAGAUCCCAACCGAGAAGACGCUUAGGCAAGAGAUAAAAAUGGAAGCCAGUGGAUUCAAGUUAGAUGGCGUCUUACGGAGACUAGAAAAGUCCCCAAGAUCUGACGUGACCAGGAAAAUUCCUGGUGGACCUGAUGUCAAGACUAUAAAUGGUGAAGGAGAGAAUGAAGGUCCAGUUGACUCCUUCAACGUGAUGAAUGGAAAAAAUGCUCAUCCUCACGUGGCCUCUUUGAAAAGUGUCCAACCCAACUCUAAUUCAAGCUUCAGGGAUGCCAAUAAUAGCGAAUCAUCUUCACCGUUCUCUUCUAUUUCCGAUAAAGAGCCCAAUGACAUAUUUUAUCAGACACAAGUUGACUACAGUCAACUAAAGCCACGAGUGACCUCAGAAAUAGUGACUUCUCCUAAGACGAGUGAAGACGAUGACGCCUACAAGUAUGUCCCUCAUCAAAAUAGUCCAGUGGACAACCACACCAAGCAGCUGACAGUCUUCCAAGCCUAUAAAGGAAAUGGGAACGAUGGUUAUGUCCAGUCUUCAGACAGUGAACCACAUGGAGAUGAGACUGACAGCCCACAUCCACCAAAGAUUUCCAUCAUCCCUCAUGAUUUAUUCUAUUAUCCUCAUUACAGCGUCCCCAUUGCAGACGUUUUGCAAGCCUUCUCUGACAACUGUCCGGAUAGCCUCCUGGAAAAGUCCUUCACUUUUGAUGUUUCAUCCGAGGAACAAGGAGGUGACAAUGAGACUCUCAGUAGUGGAGUCUACUUGGACACAGAGUCCACAGGAAGCGAUACUUCACUAGAAGAGUCUCAUGAGAUGAUUAUAGGUCUGGAGGACUCUGUUCUGGAUGUAAAUUAUGUAAAAACAAAUUCACAGGUGAUAAAUGGAUCAAUAGCUCAAGGUACUAGGGAUGUCUCGAGCCGCGGUUUCUUCUUCGGUCCUGGCUAUAACAGAACAUUUCAGGAUGAUGGUACAGAUAGUUCAGAGGAGGAGCGGGAGGAGGAAUGGUUAAGAAGAGAAGAAUUUGUCUGUAAACGAGUAGAUCUGGAGGAUAGUGAUGAUUUACCAGAGGAAGAGGACAGAGCGGACAAACAAGCUGCCAAAACCGAGGAGUCGUGCCUGUCAAGGGAUACAGAGAAUGAGAGCCGAGCAUACAGGAGGGGAGAGCGGAACGCUCCCGCACAGUCAAAUUUUGCAGCUUAUCACAAUGUCAACGGAGAAGGAGAUCAGCUUUUAGGAUCCAGGAAAGAAGGGUUAAAUGAAGUCACCGUUCCUGGAAGACUUGCCAUGAGCUCUGGACGUCCCUCCUCCGGUGGCCAGUUCCCGGACGUCUACUACCCGCUCAUAUUCCUGUGGCUCCUCUUCUACUUCCUGCUGAUCCUUCCUGAGCUGGAUAUGAGCAAAGUUGCAUUUUUUGUAGAGAAUGAGUAAAGACUGUCCCUGU